AUGUCGUUUUACGACGCCGUCCAACCCACUACACCCAACAUCACCGCACCUCAGGAACAACAGGACGGUAGCACCCAACAUGGCACGCGCAAACGGGACAUCGCUUCUACGACGGAAGCACCUUUUUCGGUAGAACCAGGAACCACCGAUGGGCGUCCAACAAAAGCUCGAGCAGUCGCCGAAGCCGAUGGCCAGCCUCCUCCGAGAGAACGCCACACCUCGCAGCCGACACAGGCACUAGAGUCUGCUGCCGGCGCUCGGUCGAUCACAGCCGAUGCGGCAUCUUCCACAUCGAACAAGGAAGCAGCCGACACAACCCUGACGGCCGAAGUCCGCAGUGCAAAGCUUCCGCCUGGUACGGUUAAGGCGAGGACACGCUCCGGCUCUACGGUCACUCUGGCGGUGCCCAUCGACGCGGCCUCGAGAAGCGGACAAUCAGGAAAGUCGUCGACGCAAUACUCGGGGUCCCAGCGCGAACCUUCGUACUCGUCCUUCAUUCAAGGUCUGAGGACGUUGACCAGAGAACGCAGUGCAGAGCAGCGGGCCAGGCGACGAGGAAGCAAGUCUUCGAUCUGGGACUCGGAACACGGGAAGCGCGGUUCACGGAUAGUGGUCAGAGUAGCAGGGGUACCUAUCACAAAGCAGCAAAUCCUCCUGAUGGCCAUCUUAAUUUUCAUAGUGACAACCGUGACAGCCGCCGUCGUCAUCCUGUUCAGACGAGAGCAUGAAACUGCUCCGACAAAGCCGUACUGCAAGACCAACGAUUGCCGCAAUCACGCCUGGCGCCUUUCCGAUAAACUAAAUAGCCGCCUCGAUCCCUGUGAAAACUUCGGGGCUUACGUCUGUUCCGCUUGGUCCCCACCAAAGGGGUACCUUGAGCACUCUAACUCAGUCAUGGAUGACGUACGGAAAUCUUGGUUCCCACGGUUCCAAAAUAUUCUUAGAGAAGGCGCCAAGGUAAUUCGGGUUGGCCAAAAGCCGCUAGUCAUGUACGCCACAUGCAUGGGUGACAGUAAACAAUACGGCUCCAACGUGGAUAUCUUCUGGAAGUUCCUAAAGGAGUGUAGACUGUCGUGGCCGGAAGAGCCAGAGUCAAGUGACACCAGUGCCCUCGAUGUACUCAUAACACUCGCGUUCAAGUGGCAGGUUUCACUCUUCUUUCAAUUGAGACUACAGCGCUUGGGACCCGCACCGAAUUGGCGUUUGACUUUAGAUCCAGGCCCACUUAUACCGCUAAUGUACCAGCAUCAUCUCACGAUCAAAAAUACCGGCGGAUACGCCAAGUACUGGGCUGCGUUCUUCUACAUCCUCAAGGGAAGCUAUGACAAGGACGCGACGAUAAACCAGACGCUCAUAGAGACAACCAUGGUGUUGGAAGGGGACGUCUUUAGAAGGCUCCUAUUCGCCGUGCGUCCACUUGCAGUCCAACAACUACUGGUGCCAAUCGCCAAGAUUAGAUUCUACACUCCGCCUCUGGACUCGAAGCAAUGGCUACGCGCAUUAAAGCAAUUAGAGCUUCAGCCUGAGAUGGAAUCAUACGACCACGUUCUCAUAGCCGACAAAAACUUCUUCCAGACCAUGGCGGCCGUGAUGGCGUCGUACACGGACACCCAGCUGCUGUCCCUGAUUGCGUGGUCUUGCGUGCAGCUCCUGGCACCGGCAGUGGAUUUGCAGCUGCUGAAGUACCGGUACGACCAAGGCGUCAUACUUUACCGGCCAUACUUCUGCGAACGCUUUGUCGAGACCGCCUACCGACUCCUGGUGGUUGCUCUCACCUCUGUGUCGCGUUUCUCAAGACAGGAACGCGCCGUCAUCUCUGCAAACUUCGACCACCUGGUUGCAACCGCCAGCGCUUUGGUCAACGCCACAGACUGGCUGGAUGCCGAGAACCGACAACUUGCUGCCGUGAAGCUGGCUUCGACACGCCUGCAGCUGUGGCCCCCAGAGCAUUUCCUGGAGAACGAGGCACUUGACCGCAUGUACGCGGCUUUUCCGAGCGCCGAAUUGCCGUUUGCAGAAUAUUGGAUCCAGUCGAGUCGGUCUGCCGCUGAUACGUACCAUACGAGUGCCAAUAUCGACGUCUUGAGCUACGCGGUCAACUACGAACUGCCGUACCUCUUAUACGAUGCUGCAAGUGGCGCAGUCAAGGUAGCUGUGGGUGCCAUUACUCCGCCCCUGUACUACCCUGACGGGACAAAAGCUAUGUUCUACGGAGGACUCGGAUUCUCCAUGGCGGUGAAUCUCGUCGCGUCCCUGGACAAACAGGGGCUGCGGUGGCAUCCAAACGGCACUUUCGGCGACUCCUUUUUGUCCCACGCCGCUUCUCGAGCCUUCGAAGACCGGGACGGCUGCCUGGCGACUGCAGAGGAAGCUCCCGUCGCCGACUCUCCCACCUAUCACACCCGACCCGGCUCCAGGACCAGCGUCUUUCCCGAGAUUCCCGCGCUAGAAGUGGCCUACGCAGCGUACAGGCGUUCCAUCAGCGAAAGCGACGACAGUCCGCAGGGUAUUUCCCGGAAUCUCUCGGGCGAUCAGGUGUUCUUCAUGAGUUUGUGCUACAUGACCUGCAGCCUUCCCGGAGCCGUGGGUCCGCAGACGGUCGACUGCAACAAGGCUGUCAGCAAUUCGGAGGCAUUCGCGCAGGCUUUUCAAUGCCCGUACGGAUCAAAAAUGAAUCCCAAGAAGAAGUGCACAUUCUUCACCCGAUAA